AAGUAAGCAAAUCUUGUUAUUCCGUUAAUGAUUACUGGCAUUGACCAUUACCAUUAGUCAUAUAGUUGAAGAGUGAUGGACGUGUCUUCAAACCGGUUGGUUUUUUUCACAUACCUUAAUGUAAACUGCGAUCUCUACGUUUUGUGAAUUGUUUGACAUAUCAGUAUAAAAUCAACUGGCAUAUACCUCGUACAUAAAUGUCUGAGAUGACGUAAUGAUUAAUAAAGAUGCUGAUCAAAUAUACGCUAAUAAUUUGUGUCGUGAAAAUUGUCUAUAUUUCUUGUGCACAUUUUGAAUCAAGUGAAAGAGAAAAACGAACACCGCAAACUUGGCAGCACCAGGCUCAAUCUUCACAACAAAACGGGAAUGCCAACGGUCAACGACGGGAAUUAUCUACAAGCAAAACAAAUCCAGACAUAGUUGCAUACACAGUGGAAGUAUCUAAUGAAUACGAAAUAGCCGAUGUACUAAAAUCUGUUUUUAAUAUACCGGUGACAAAUUAUUCAAGUGUACAAUAUAUAACAUCUUCUGAUGAACGAAGAAAUAGUAAUUUUGACAAAGCAAUGUCUGGGCAAUACGAUAUGAAUUCGUCAUUAAAUAAUAAAGACCCAUCAUAUCAACAAGAAAGUCCAUCAGAUAUAUAUAGAUUUGAUCAUAGAAGAAAUCAUGAUAACGGAAGACCACCACCGCUUCCUCCAGAUUAUAUUAAUCAGGAUUACAACAGACCACCUCCACCACAACACGACAAUUAUGGAAGACCUCCACCGCCACCACAACAUGAUUACGAAAGGACACCUCCACCUCCUUACAAACCACCACCACCUCCACAUGAUGAAAGACCAGAAAGACCAAUUGAUAAUAGAGAAGAAUAUAGAAGACGUACUUAUGAACAAUUAUACUAUGAAGGUAGAGGUUUAAAUUAUUAUCAUAGACCCCCGCCUUCUUCUUACUAUACCUCACACCCUCCUCCGCAUGGAGACCAUCAUCCCCCACCGCCGCCACAUGGGCCUCCACCCUUUCAUACCCCAUCACAUGACGAGCAUUUAUAUGAUCAUACCCCACCGCCGCCACAUGGACCUCCACCCUUUCAUACCCCAUCACAUGACGAGCAUUCAUAUGAUCAUCCCCCACCGCCGCCACAUAGACCUCCACCCUUUCAUACCCCAUCACAUGAUGAGCAUUCAUAUGAUCAUCCCCCACCGCCGCCACAUGGACCUCCACCCUUUCAUAUCCCAUCACAUGACGAGCAUUCAUAUGAUCAUCCCCCACCGCCGCCACAUGGACCUCCACCCUUUCAUACCCCAUCACAUGACGAGCAUUCAUAUGAUCAUCCCCCACCGCCGCCACAUGGCCCUCCACCCUUUCAAACCCCAUCACAUGACGAGCAUUCAUAUGAUCAUCCCCCACCGCCGCCACAUGGCCCUCCACCCUUUCAUACCCCAUCACAUGAUGAGCAUUCAUAUGAUCAUCCCCCACCGCCGCCACAUGGUCCUCCGCCGUAUGACCAUGGACCACCCCCAGCACAUGGCCCUCCCCCGUUUGGUCAUCCACAUCAUCAACAUAGUCCUCCAUCGCCACCUUCACAAAACGCAUACAAUCGAUAUGAUAGCCAAUUUCAGUACCAACCUUUGGAAAGGCCAACUAAAAAUAUUUUUACCUCUUCCCAAAUUAAUAGUCAUGAUGUUAAUCUUAAUCAAUCAGAUAUACAAAAAUUGAGUACCGAUGAUUCGGAAGAUAUCGAUUAUAAAAUCGAUAUAAGAUUUAAUAAUGAAACUAACAAUCCAAAUUCAAGUAUUUUACAGCAUGGAAAGAAACCAGCAGGUAUACCAUUAACAAAUACUAAUAAUGCAAGUGAAAAUGAAACUCAAAGUCCUAUUCUUUUAUCACCAUUUCUAUUUCAAUUUAUGCCGGUAAAACCGGAAGACUAAAAAAUUAUAAAAUAAACAACUAUUUUUGUUAUAUGUAUGCUCGUCUUUUAUUUUUUUACCUCCUAUUACUUGGUAAUUGAAAAGUCAAAUGUGUUAUCUAAACCGUUUUGCUUUAUCAGCUAUACAAAAAUA